AUGGCGUCACUCAACCUGUCCAUCAACGGACCCUCGAUCAAGAGCAGCUACCAGAGCGUCAUCAACGGCCAGCCUCCGAACUCGAGCUCGCCGACGUACGCUCAAUGGGCUCUAUUUUCCGUCCAAGCUCCUCUGGCCAAUGCUUUCCAAGAUAGCGGUGCGAAGGAGAGCGUGCUCAAGGUCCAGAGCACUGGUGGUGUCCUCCCCCACACAGAUGGCGAGCUUUCGGAUCUGAUCGAGGACUUCAACGAGGGCCGCAUCCAGUUCGCCUUUGUCAAAGUAAAGGAUCCCAACUCCGGCCUUCCUAAAAAUGCCCUGAUUGCCUGGUGCGGAGGCGGUGUCCCCGAGAGAACCAAGGGCUACUUCACUACCCACACCGCGGCCGUUUCCAAGAUCCUUCACGGUUACCACGUCCAGAUUACCGCUCGCUCGGAAAGCGACCUCGAGCCCGAGAGCGUCAUGCGCAAGAUUGCCGAUGCCUCCGGUGCCAAGUACUCAGCAGGCAGCUCCACGCCUUCCGCCGCCCCACCCCCGGUGGCCUCUAAGCCCGUCUUCACUCCCACCUCCUCCUCCGUUGGAAAUGUCAACCCCAUUGUGGCCGCGCGAAACCAAAAGACUGUCAACGCUGACGACGAUGGCUGGGGAGCAGAUGCUCCGCCGGUGACUCGGUCACAGCUGGAGAAGGUCGAAUCGGCGUACAAGCCUACCAAGGUCAAUAUGGCUGAGCUCACAAAGCAACGGCAAGAACCUUCCAGCUCCAACGGUAACAGCUCGCAAGACCGGCCCGAUGUUGUAAGAGGCGCGUACCAGCCCGUUGGAAAGGUAGACAUUGCUGCCAUUCGUGCCGCGGCGAAGAACCAGAACGACGACCGGCCAGCGCCUGUCAAGGGCGCAUAUGAGCCUGUCGGCAAGGUCGACAUUGCCGCCAUUCGCGCCAAGGCGCAGAAGCCGUCGGAGCCCGUGGAACAACAGGAGGCUGCAGAUGACGAGCGGCCUAAGUCGCUGGCUGAACGAAGUGCCGCGUUCAACCAAUCCCAAUCUGAGCGCCUGACAUCGCUGCCCAAGCCCAAGGUCGCCAACAAGUUUGGGGGCGCAGCUGCGUUCACCGGCACCAAGGCGCCGGCGCCUGGUGGCAUCGGCUUUGGUGCACCUUCAGUGCCGGCUCCCCCGCCUGUUGGCGCAGCCAGCCGUACCUUUGCCGACCAAGGUGGCAAGACACCGGCUCAACUCUGGGCCGAGAAGAAGGGCAAGCAAGGAGGGUCCAUUUCCAACGUCGUCUCGCCUCCGGCUACUUCCCCUAUCGGCGUACAGAAGAGCGGAGAGUGGAAGAGUGGGUACGCUGGUAGGUCUUGGGGUCCCGUCAAGACAGCCGAAUACGGCCGUGGCCAGAUCAGCCAGGAGAACACUGGCGAAGACCCCCAGCAGAGAGAUACUGAGACGCCUACCUCGCCCGGUGGUGGUGGCGUUGGCGCUCUCCGCGACCGCUUCAAAAAUGCCGCCCCCAUCGCUGUUGGAGCUGGUGUCGGGGCUGGUGUUGGCGCUGCUGCCGGAGCUGCCGCUUUCUCCCGUGAACAGCCUCAGGAAGAGGAGGACGAGCCGUCGCCGCCGCCUCCCCCGUCCAGUGAUUCCCGCCCUCCUCCUGCUGGUGGAUUUGCUCUGCCCGGUCUGCCAUCCAGACAGGCUGCCGAAGAAGAAGAGGAGGAGGAGGAGCAAGAGCCUCAGUCCCCCAUCAGAGUUGCACAGCCCGUUGCUCGUGGACACGAGGUCGAGAUCGAGCGCCCUGCGGAGAGAGAGCCUCCUCGUCCCAUCCCUACUCAAGAAAUUGAGCAAGAGCUGCCGAGAGAAGAAGACCUUCCGGAGGAGCCCAACGAUGUUGGCCGCGGCGCUGCUGCAGCUGUCGCAGAGCAACAAUUUGGUCAGGAGCAAGUGGCAGCUGGCCAAGCGUCGAGCGGUGGCAAGCGGGCUUUGAUCCAGUACGACUAUGAGAAGGCCGAAGAAAACGAACUUGAGCUCCGUGAAGGCGAGUACGUUACCAACAUUGAGAUGGUGGACGAGGACUGGUGGAUGGGCACCAACUCCCAGGGCGAGAGCGGCUUGUUCCCUAGUAACUACGUCGAGCUGGUCGAUGACGAGCCUGAACCGGCGCCGGCGGCACGGAGCGCUCCUCCUCCCGCCCCGGCCCAAGCGGAGCCGGCACAGGCACCGGCACCGGCCGGUGCCGGUCGGACCGCCACUGCCCAGUUCGACUACGAGGCAGCCGAGGACAACGAACUUUCAUUCCCCGAGAACGCAACGAUCACGGAUCUCGAGUUCCCCGAUGAGGAUUGGUGGUUCGGCUCCUACGGUGGAAAGCAGGGUCUUUUCCCUGCCAACUAUGUCCAGUUGGACAACUAA